GGGCGCACAGGCAGAGCGCGUCUCCGCAGCUGCAAGAGCUCAAGCAGCGCUCCCGCGCGCUGUCGAAAUAUACUACUCACCAGCAGCCAAGGGUUCGUCAGCCCUAAAUUACGCGCCGCGCCGCCCAACAACCGCGCUGCGCUCAAAUCCGUUGUGAGCCAAACGCGCCGAUACGGGCGCGCGCCGAGAAGCCAUGGCCGAGAUGAGGCCCCCGCUCUCGCCGACGAGCAACAACGCGAAGCGCGCGUCUGAGACGGCCGCGUCCCAGCCGUGGAAAAAACAGCGGCUCGGCGACACGCCGCUGCCGUCCGGCGCGGCGGACCAGGAGCCGCCGCCCAAGGACGUCGCCCCGCGCGAGAAGCCCGAGAAGAACGACGUGGAGAUGACGCGCGGCGACGCGCGGCCCAUGGAAUUAGUAGUAGAAGAAGGAAAGCCCGUCGGCGCUGAAGACGAGGCCGAAGAGGAGGCACAAGUUGAUGCGGACGAGGCCCGGGCCGCCCGGGGCUGGCUCUCGAACGGCGACACCGUCGACGCCAAGGUCGCCGAGGCGGUGGCCGCGUUAGCCAAGGAUAAUGCUCCGAAGAAGAAACACAUCGAGGACACGUUGGAGGCGCUGCCGGCGCUGGAAGCAUUAGUAGGGAACGGCCUCACGAAGACGGAGUGUAGGGACUUUUGUACCAAGUGGAACCUACCACAACAAUCCGGAGCCAUAGGCAAAAUACCAGAGAAGUUGCGGACGAAGCUGGAAAAGAAACAAAAAGAGAUGGUAGUUCAGCAGAAGCUCGACGGGGAGCGCGCCGUGCUCGAGACGACCUUACAUUUAGAACAUGCGGCCUUCGACGCGCUGCCGGACUCCGACAAAAAGGGCGUCGUCGGCCAGCGGUCGUUGCUGGUGCUCGCUUUGCUCAUGGCCGGCGCGUCGUCGGAUUGUCUGAAGAAGGGUAAAGAUCAAAUAUCAGGGAACGUCAACCAUCUUGUUAUUGCAUUGCGAGAAGCUGGAGUGGAGCUCGCGAAUGGUGGCACAAAUGAGGCCACAGUUCUGCGUGCGGUAUCUUCGUUGGAGGCGAAGAUAGCAGAGCUGCCGCCGGAGAUAGUCGCCUCGGCCGUGGUCGAACGAACUAGAUUAGCGAAACACGCCGCGCGGACUAAUGGUGCGGCCUGUGCGGCGCUCGCCACUACAAUAAGAGAUGCGGCCACAGGCUUCGCGGCGCAAGGCGCCGCCUCUGCGGCGAAGAUGUCGGUAACUUUACCAGACUUCCCGAUCAUCGACGACGCGACGCUCGAGCGGCGCACGGCCCAGAACGUAAAGUGGUCGAAUGCGCCGCCGGCUGAUCUGGCCAACGUGCGCCUCGGUACCCGAUACGACUCGCACGUGUUAGGCGCCACGGCGCCGCCCAAGGACUGGCCGAAGUGGCGGGGCCGGCCGACGAUCGUCGCCGACCCCCUCACCAAAAUAGAGGGCGUCGAAUUGACGACGAUCAAGCCGAUGGGCGCGCUCGCGAAGAAGCUGUUACACGGGGAGAAGUCCGAGAAGGGGAAACCGGCGGGAUAUGCUGCGUGAGACGGUAUAGUUCCCCGCCCUCGCCCAGUAAUUAUCUAGUACAACAA